GUUAUUGCAGGGUGAUAUUCUGAUAACAUUCACAUGUCAGUGGGAUCUGAUUGAUCUGUUGGGAAGCAUAAACUGGUUUUGUUUUCUUUUCUAGUGAAUGCUUCAGUAGCCUUAUUUCAGAUCAGCACCCAGUCCUAGAGAAGACCAUUCUGCACAGGUGCACCCAAAGAACAAGAAAUGGCCGAAGAGUCCCAGAACUUGGUGCCGGAGCAUGUUCCUGAAGAAAGUGUGCUCGGUGUGGGAAACAGGGAGCCACGGAUGUCCUGUAACAAAGGGAGUCUGGUGAAAGCUCUAACAGUCCUUGUAGCUGUUCUUGUUGCCGGGCAAGCUGUUAUGGCCUUUUUCAUCACUCAGCAGAAUUCCAAGAUUCAGGACCUUGAUAAACACACCAAACAACUGCAGAUGCAAGAGAUGAUAAAGAAACUUCCUGGAUCACCUCCUGCCCAAAGCCGGCCAAAGAUGAGAACCUUCAAUAUCCCUGUGGCUUUACCACUUUACGAUGGCUCAGAAAUGAAUAUGAAUGACCUGGAGCAAACGGCACAGACCAAUAACAAAGUAGAAGAUGCUGCAAAAUACAUGUUGCUGAGAGGAAACCCUCUAAGAAAAUACCCAUCACUGAAUGGUUCCAUCCUGGAAAACCUGAGAGAGCUGAAGAAGGCCUUGACUGACAAGGAAUGGAUGAGCUUUGAUACUUGGAUGCAGCAGUGGUAUCUCUUCUUUUUGGUGCAAAACACUGAAAAGCCAGCUGAACCACUCCCACAGAGCAAGAAUAUUGCAGUCACAGGUGCACCCCUAAUGACUGAGUGCCAGAUGUUAUCUAGGAUCCAUAGCAUGACUGGCACUUACAAGCCUCAGUGUGAGCAAAAUGGUGACUUUCAGCCACUGCAAUGUUGGCCAAGCACUGGCUUCUGCUGGUGUGUUUACCAUAAUGGAACAGAGGUCCCUGACACCAGAACCCGGUCAACACUGGACUGCAGUAGUCUCGUGCAGACAGAAGACCUCCUGCUUAUGGAAUCAACACCAAGCAGUGAUGCUGACCAUCGGCCACUUGGUUAAAGCAUCAGAUGAUCUUGUAACCCUCUCUGGAGUAUCUAACCUGAUUCAUACAAAGCAGCCACAAGGAUUCCUGUAAAUCCGUCUUUAUGUUGCUCUGGCAUUCUGGCCUCAGGUUUCUCAUUAGGCUUAUGGUAGUGCUUAUUACUUUUAUCUUUUAAUGGUUUUCAUUUAGUGUAAUGUUAACAUAAAUAUAAAUAAAGGAAUAAUCGAUACAUGGCACCAUUCACCUACUUGGAAGAAACUGUGCUCACAGAUCCAGGCACUGGUAAUCGAACCCUACCCACCACUUAUUUGUGCCAAAGUGGAAAUGCAAAUAGCAAUAGAGUAGUAACUCAGAUCACUUUGUAACUGCACAUGAUUGAAAAGAAGCAUCAGGUGACCAGACUAACUAGUACUUCUGAAAAAUGGCUUAUUCAUGUCUCUACCAUGGACAAUUCCUCCACUUCUAGCCACUACUAACUCAUCUUGUAUUUUCAUAUGGUUAAGGCCAAAGCAGGUUCGCAGUAAAAUGAGGUCUGGGAGUAUGAAUAGCAUCUCAAGUAAACACAUUUAAUUUGAUAUUUAUGUUGGUACAAAUGGGGCUCAUUUAAAAUUGCUGGGUUUUUUUGUCAAUUAGGUAUAGAAGCCAUUUUAUUUUUUUAAUCUUUUUUCUGCUGAUUCUGUUGGAUUUGCAGGUGUUUGCACCUUUUGUAUAAUGUGCAUUUGCUGUAUUUCAUGCCUAAUAAAAUGAGUGGUUACA